CCAUGCCCAGUGGAGCCGAAGAGAUCCUGGCCAUACAGAGGAAGCAGGGCCAGGCGGCCACAGGGGCCGAGAACCAGGCCCCGGGCUGGGAGCUGGUGACGCCCCCUGACCUGGUGGCGCGGAGCCGGGAGAACCUGCUGGAGCGGCUCAACGAGGGCGAUGCCAAGGAGCUGCAGGCCCUGCGCGGCAUUGGGGAGAAGAGAGCCCAGCGCAUCCUGGCCUGGAGACAGAAGCACGGACCCUUCAGCCAGGUGGAGGACCUGCAGCAGGUGGAGGGGAUGACAGCGGGACACGUGGCCUCUUUCCUGAAAGCAAACCUGCUGAUCGCCCUGGGCUGCGACCCGUUCUCGCUCCCACCCCCCUCUCAAUAAAAGUCUGUGUGUCAUUCACCCCGACUCCGCCGCCUCCUCCUUCGCCUGCGCGCAGGGAACCCAGGCGUCUGGCUGCCCC